AUGGGGAUUUCUCAGAAGUGGUCACGGCUUCGGCUCCCAUGGUUACAUGCCUGUGGGCUGCACACGGCAGCUGUGCCGAUCCUUCCACACUGGUUGACAGAGAGACUUGGUCUUUUUGAGGAGCUAUGGGCUGCUCAGGUAAAGAGGUCCGCAAACAUGGCCCAGAAGGAACAUCGGACUAUUAAGAUAGCACUUCCUGGAGACCAGAAAGUGGAUGCUGUGUCAUGGAAUACAACCCCUUACCAACUAGCCCGGCAGAUCAGUUCAACACUGGCAAAUACUGCAGUGGCUGCUCAAGUGAACGGAGAACUUUAUGACCUGGAUCGACCCUUGGAGACAGAUUGCAACGUCAAAUUUCUGACAUUUGAUUCCCCAGAGGGGAAAGCGGUGUUCUGGCACUCCAGCAGUCAUGUCCUGGGGGCGGCAGCUGAACAACUCCUAGGUGCUGUUCUCUGUCAAGGUCCAAGUACAGAAUGUGGUUUCUACCAUGAUUUCUCCCUGGGAAAGGAGCGCACUAUCCGGGGCUCAGAGCUGCCUGUUUUGGAGCGAGUUUGCCAGGAACUUGUAGCUGCUGCUCAACCCUUCCGGCGGCUAGAGGCUUCCCAGGAUCAGCUUCGCCAGCUUUUCAAGGAUAACCCCUUUAAGCUUCGCCUGAUUGAGGAGAAAGUGACAGGUCCAACAGCAACAGUAUAUGGGUGUGGCAUGUUGGUUGACCUUUGCCGGGGCCCCCACCUUCGGCAUACUGGACAGAUUGGAGGACUAAAGCUGCUAACGAACUCCUCAUCCUUGUGGAGGUCUUCAGGGGUCCCACAGGCACUGCAGCGAGUGUCAGGCAUUUCCUUCCCCACGGCAGAGGGGCUGCAGGCCUGGCAAGAAUGGAGGGAGGAAGCAGAGUUGCGGGACCACAGGCGCAUUGGAAAGGAACAGGAGCUCUUCUUCUUCCAUGAACUGAGCCCCGGAAGCUGCUUCUUCCUACCACGAGGGACAAGGGUAUAUAAUGCACUGAUGGCUUUUAUCAGGGAUGAGUAUGCCCACCGUGGUUUCUCAGAAGUAAAAACCCCAACAUUGUUUUCUACAAAACUCUGGGAACAGUCAGGACACUGGGAGCAUUAUAGGGAAGACAUGUUUGUCCUACAGCCCCCUGGCUCUGACAGACCUGCCAGCUCCCUGAGUGACCACCUCACAAACCAUCAAGCCCACUCCACCAUUGCCCUCAAGCCCAUGAACUGCCCUGCACACUGCCUGAUGUUUGCCCACCGGCCCAGAUCCUGGCGAGAGCUGCCCCUGCGACUAGCAGACUUUGGGGCCCUGCACCGUGCUGAGGCUUCUGGUGGCCUAGGAGGACUGACUCGCCUGCGAUGCUUCCAGCAGGAUGACGCGCACAUCUUCUGCACCCCGGAUCAGCUGGAAGCAGAGAUCCGAGACUGCCUUGAUUUCCUCCGCUCUGUCUAUACCGUACUUGGCUUCUCCUUCCGCCUAGCACUGUCUACCCGACCCUCUGGCUUCCUAGGAGAGUCUUACCUCUGGGACCAGGCUGAGCAGGUCCUUCAACAGUCCCUGGAAGAAUUUGGAGAACCCUGGGACCUCAGACCUGGAGAUGGUGCCUUCUAUGGGCCUAAGAUUGAUGUGCACCUCCAGGACGCCCUGGGUCGGCCCCAUCAGUGUGGGACAAUCCAGCUUGACUUCCAGCUACCCCUGAGAUUUGACCUCCAAUACAGAGGGCAGGUGGGGGUUCCAGAGCGGCCAGUCCUCAUUCACCGAGCAGUGCUAGGCUCUGUGGAAAGAAUGUUGGGAGUGCUGGCAGAAAGCUGUGGGGGAAAAUGGCCACUGUGGCUAUCCCCAUUCCAGGUGGUAGUCAUCCCUGUGGGGCCUGAGCAGGAGGCUUAUGCCAGAGAGGCACAGCAGAGCCUACAGGCCGCAGGACUGGUUGGCGACCUGGAUGCUGACACUGGACUGACCCUCAGCCGGAGAGUCCGCAGGGCCCAGCUUGCUCACUACAAUUUUCAGUUUGUGGUUGGCCAGAAAGAGCAAAGUAAGAGAACAGUGAACAUUCGGACUCGAGAUAAUCGUCGACUUGGAGAGCACAACUUGACUGAGGCUGUGGGGCGGCUGCUGGAGCUACAGAGCACCAGGGUCCCAAACGCUGAAGAAAUGUUCUGAGCCUUUGUACAUAGAUGA